CCUUCCCGGCGGCCAAUGGCGCCCCGGGUGAGGGUUGAGGAGUGGGAGGUGCUGGCCCGCCAAAGGUGCCGAUCUCCUCCAGCGCGUGUGCCCGGCCGCCUGGUCGUCAUGGAGGAGGUCUUGGCUGAAGAGCUCGACGAUGAGGAGCAGCUGGUGAGAAGGCAUCGGAAGGAGAAGAAGGAGCUGCAAGCCAAAAUUCAGGGAAUGAAGAACGCUGUUCCCAAAAACGACAAAAAGAGGAGGAAGCAGCUCACAGAAGAUGUUGCUAAAUUGGAGAGAGAAAUGGAGCAAAAGCACAGGGAAGAGCUGGAGCAAUUGAAGCUAACAUUCAAGAACAGUAAGAUAGAUUCUGUUGCUGUUAACAUUUCAAACUUGGUACUUGAGAAUCAACCACCUCGGAUUUCAAAAGCACAAAAGAGACGGGAAAAGAAGGCUGCAUUGGAAAAGGAGCGGGAAGAAAGGAUAGCAGAGGCUGAAAUUGAGAACUUAUCUGGAGCCAGACAUCUUGAGAGUGAAAAACUUGCUCAAAUAUUGGCAGCGAGAGAGUUGGAAAUUAAACAUAUUCCAUCUGAUGGCCAUUGUAUGUAUGGAGCACUCGAGGAUCAGCUGAGAGAACAAGACUGUGCGCUGACUGUAGCUACCCUAAGGAGGCGGACUGCUGAGUACAUGCAAAGCCAUUCAGACGACUUCCUGCCGUUUCUGACAAACCCCAGCACAGGAGACAUGUACACGCCAGAAGAGUUUGGGAAGUACUGUGACGAUAUUGUAAACACAGCGGCAUGGGGCGGUCAGCUCGAGCUAAGAGCUCUGUCUCACAUCUUACAAACACCAAUCGAGAUACUACAGGCAGAUGCUCCUCCUAUUAUAGUUGGUGAAGAGUAUCCGAGGAAUCCAUUAGUACUAGUAUACAUGAGGCAUGCGUAUGGCUUAGGAGAACAUUAUAAUUCUGUUACACGGUUGGUGAACUCAGCUACUGAAAAUUGCAGCUAGUUUACAAAAUGUUACACUGUUUUAUAGAGUGUGCCAGUCUGCCAAGUGCUAGAUUGUUGUAAAUGCUCCUGAAGAACAGCUACCUGACAAGAUAUGACUAAGCUUACUAACAGCUUAAGAACCACGUUGGAUUAACUUUAACCAGUGCUCUCUUAAUGACAGUUUUAGAACUUAAAGUCUAUCGUGGAGGACGUCAUCAUAGACCAAGGUGUUAAUCUUCCCGCUAAUUAAUUUUAGUUGUCCUGCUCAUUCUGGUUUGGAAUAAAUUUUGUUUUAAAUUUUGGGCCCCCCAGCUUUAUGUUCCAAAAAUGAAGAUUUCAAUUUAAUUUUUCUUAAAAGAGUGUGGAGACUCAGUCUCUGUCAUCGUAGGAACAUAUUGUAGUGACAGCAGGUUGAUCAGUCUUAUAAAGGGCUCGUGAUCCCAGAGACUUCGGUGUUCCUAGGGUCAGGAGUGUGGCGCUUUUUAUGCAGAAUAUCUCUGCUGCUAAGAGGAAACUACUUCAGUAGUUAAGAAUUUUUGAAUACUUAUAUGAGAAGCAGUAUAAAGAAAUGAAUGAAAUCAGUGGUAAAUAGGUGUUGUGUCAAUUUUGAAUCUUUCUAACAAACUGGAGAUUUCCCUUUUAUAUAUGUGUAGCUUUAUAAGUUUGUAACUCCUGCAUUGCUGGUUUUGCAGCCAGAGGCUGGAGUUAGGGUUGAACCUUGUUUCUCUUCAUCUAGAAUUUGUACACUUGGCCCAGCACUACUCAGCUGCUUUGCUUUCUCUGGAGCCUUCCCCACUGAGAGGCAUCCAGUGGCCUCUCACUGCUCACCGGUACAAGGGGAUGCUGGAAUAAUGCAGACAGGGAGGGCCGUGGCCACACCCCCUUCUUAAGUCUUCCCCCUUUCCAGCUGUCCUAGCAAGGUCUCUGCUUGUGCUCACUUUGUAGGAUUCAAAGAAAACCCUGGCUACACAUUGUUAUACAAUGUAUCACUUGUUUUCACUCACGUGUUUGAUGAUUAUCUUUUAUGUAUAGGAAGAGUUGAAGGUCGCUGUUCAAAAGCCGAGAGAUGUGUGGUAAAAUCAGUACAGAAGAAUUUUAUGUAGAAUGACUCAUGUUACUCANAUUUUCAAUCACUUUGAGCAGUAUUCUUUGUAGGAAAGCUGUGCCCACACACAAGUCUGUUUGCUGUUCUUGUGUAACAAAGUGCCAUGGGAUAGGGACACAGCUCUAGCAGAGCACUUGACUGUCCUGGGUGAGGCUCAAGGUUCAAUUUCUAGCACCAACAAAACACAGCAGUUUAUGAAAAUGAAACUUUUUGUUGCAAUCUGUUUUUUUUUUCCACGUUAGAAAUAUAACUAGAGCAUCAUGUGUAUAAUANUUGGGCUUUUGACCCGUGUAUACUGUCCAUGAGUAAGCAAUGGGCUUAUGAUGUUAAAAGCAGGUAAUAGUGGGCAGGCUGGCAGAGACUGGUCACAGAGCAAGGACUUUCUGAGAUCAUUCCGGCUGACUAAAACGUACUCUGCCAGCUACUCAGUGUAUUCUGAAGGCUGUGUCUGCUUUGUAACUUUUGAUCCUUUUUUAUUCUGAAAUUUAUAAAAACAUAAAGUUGUAAAAUAACUGCUUUGAACCUA